CCGUUCCGGUCCGUUCCUGCUCCUCUCUCUCUCUCUCUCUCUCUCUCUCUCUGCGCGCUUGGAUCGGCGGCCCGCAACUAUCAACCCUGGAAGAGUGCGGGGAUGGGUAACCACUUGGAGUUCUACUUUGAGGUGCUCCACAUCCCCAAGCACUCCUCCCCUCAGGAAAUCCGCACCGCCUACAGAGCCCUGGUCAAGAAAUGGCACCCUGACAAACACCCUCCUUCCUCCCGCCCCGAAGUUGAGGCCAAGUUCAAAGCCAUCUCCGAAGCCUAUAAGGACAACAGAGCAAUGGUUGGAGCGGAAUCACCUGGACACCGAAGCCAGGAGCUGCAGAGACUGCGGAGAACGAGUCGUUCAGGAAGGGAGUUCAAGGAUGCCUACUGGUGGACCAAGGCCGCCGUCUGUCGAGAGGAAGCUUGGAUGCACGCUCGAGGAGCUCUGCCGCGGCUGCAAGAAGGAGGUCAAGUUCACGAGGGACAUCGUCACCAACAAUGGAUUAAUUGUUCCAAACAAUCUGGAUCAAGCCAGGAUGGAAGAAAGGAACAAAGAUAACAUUUGAAGGCAAGGGGGAUGAGCGACCAGGAAGCUUCCCUGCCGACAUAGUCUUUGUAAUAUCAGAAAAGGAGCACCCCAAUUUCAAGAGGGUAGGCAAUGACUUGGUUCUGAAAGCAGAGGUUCCUUUGGUGAAUGCUCUUACAGGAU